AUGCCGUGUGCGCAAGCCCAAGGGCCAUAUGAUGAAAUUAUCCCUCAUCUGGAGCCAGGCCGCUUGCCGUCCACUGUUGAUCCAGAUGCAAUGCAGCCACCUGACAAGGGGAAAAAGUUGCCCCAGCGUCCAGUCCGUAUCAGUGCGUGGAAGCUUGCAAAAUUGGACUCUAAUGAGGCAGUGAAGGCGGGUGCCAAGGCUAGAGCUUCAUCAUCUGUUUUAUGUCCAGUAGGUUCCAGACAUCAUCAAUAUGAUGCUGAUCAUUUUUCCAGUAGCAAUGUGAGUGGCAGAAGCAGUCCAACCAGCACCAAUCAUGGAUUUCAUGAAAGAAAUGCCAGAGCAGGGACAUCUAGGUUAUCUCCUUCAAAGAGUUCAUACCCACCGAGUCGGGCUAGCAGGGACGAUACUGAAACGUGUGGUCACAGCCUUAGUAACUUAAGCAGUCCUCAUCCUUCUAACCUCACCCCUUCUCCAUUAGAGCAGCCGGCUUCAAACAGAGAUCAUGUCAACCCUGUAUAUCUAUCCUCAACAGAUCAAUCUCCUCGGUCAGCAAAGGCAAGUGAUGCACAUCAAACUAGAGUUAGCGAUUUACCAAUGAGGAGAAAUGUGGGUGCUGCAGAAAAUUCAAGGUCUUCUGUGUUUUGGGAUCAAGAAGCUGGGCGCUUUGUCUCUGCAGCCACCAGAAGUGUUGGUUCUUCCUCUCAUGUAUCCGGAACAGAGCUUACAUACACAGGUCAAUCUAUAUUCUUCGGGGGUCCCCUUGUGAGUGAAGAGUCGAGCAGAGGGACAAGAAUUGGCAGCUCCCUGCCUGCUGGUCCUGACAGAGGUUCCACGUCGAGUUACUAUCAACAGGGUAGGUCACAAAGAGGCGGCCAGCUUCCUGUGUUUGUUCCAAGUGAUUCCCAGCAACACUAG